AUGGCGAGCUACAAGCAGCGCAAAGAGGACUUCGUGUCCAAUUUGACAGGAGGCUCAGUCUCUGAAAUCAGCUUUGUCACAGCUGUAGCGCCCGCGGCCAUGCUGUUGUGGUCUGUUCUUCAGGCACGGCAAUCCUUCUUCAAGCCCUACUCAGCCCUCGGCCUUGUCGUCGACUUCUCACUCACUGUCGGCACUUUCUUGUUGGCUACUACGCUUUAUUCGGGCUCGCCCAUGUUGCUGAAUCUGCUCCUGCUUGCGCCGGCUCUUUUGAUAUGGUUUCUACCCUCUACGACUGGAGGGCCAAAGAGAAAGCCGAAGCUUCCUCCCAAUGCCCAGUCAAAGACCACCUCAGAACCCCGUCCCGUCUUGAGUAUCAAGCCUUUUCUCACGACAUAUCGCGGGUACAUGAUGAUCACUACUUGCGUUGCCAUCCUAGCGGUGGAUUUCCGCCUCUUUCCGCGGCGCUUCGCCAAAGUCGAGACUUGGGGCACGUCCCUGAUGGACAUGGGCGUUGGCUCUUUUGUCUUCUCCGCCGGUAUCGUGGCGGCUCGUCCGGUCCUCAAAGAAAGGGCCACGGGCCGUCGAACUUCACUUGCUGUCCGUUUGCUGCAGUCAUUCCGCCAUUCCAUCCCUCUGCUGGUCCUGGGUUUCAUUCGCCUUUUGAGCGUCAAAGGACUCGAAUAUGCUGAACACGUGUCAGAGUAUGGAGUUCAUUGGAAUUUUUUCUUCACUUUGGGCCUCCUUCCUCCUUUUGUGGCAAUCUUCCAGACCCUUUUCGAUGUCAUUCCGUCGCAUGCAGCAUUGGCUCUGCUCGUCGUGGGCACAUACCAGGUUGUCCUUGAAAGUACGGAUCUCAAAGCAUUCAUUCUCACCGCCCCCAGGGUAGAUCUCCUCUCUAUGAACCGAGAGGGUAUCUUUAGCUUCAUAGGCUAUCUUGCCAUCUUCCUGGCUGGACAGGACCUAGGCAAAUUUGUCAUUCCUCGGAGCAUCACAUCAAGCAGUAAUUCAACAGCGGGUAUGCAAAGAAAUACUCUGCUCAUGACGAUGGCUGUUUGGGCCGGAAUCUGGACCGUGCUAUACACUGUUACCACUAGCUACGACUUUGGGUUUGGCUUGACGGUCUCGCGCCGGUUAGCCAACCUACCCUAUGUGCUCUGGGUUGCAGCCUUCAACUCGUGGCAGAUUCUAGCUUUCUGCGUCAUCGACACCAUCUUCUUUCCUGCGUUUUACAACGCAGGGGAUGCUCGCUCCGAGAAAGAGGCCUACGAAGUGGCCACGAGUUAUGUUUUGAAAGCGUAUAAUCGCAACGGCCUGGCAGUGUUCCUCAUUGCGAAUCUGCUGACUGGCCUUGUCAAUAUGACCAUUCCUACCCUGGACGCCACGCCAGUCCAGGCCAUGGGGAUUCUCAUGGCCUACACAGCGACUGUUACAGGUGUUGCGGUUCUGCUUGAUAUAUACGAUAUAUCGAUUAAGUUGUAG